CAUUAUUCAAUGAAUACCCUCUAAUAAAAUGUAGUACAUAUAUUUCUGAAGAAUAUCUUUUAAUUAUUGAAACAAGGAACAUCCAACAUGUCAUCAACCAAAGACCCCUACUCGCUCGGGAACCACUACGCCUUUAUACCCAGGUCUCGAUGGCGGGCGGAGCCUCCCUCGUCGACACCCCCUCCUCCUAUAGAGAACAAACCGAUACCUAAUGUCAUCUUUACCUACAACACAGGAACAAAACCAUGUCUAAUCAACACUCAAUGCGAAAAAGCCGUCAGAGACUUGCAGAAGUCUCAUAUGGUGGACCAAGAGAAACCAGACAUUGGUUACAAUUUUAUUGUCGGUGGUGAUGGUAAGGUGUACGAAGGACGAGGGUGGGACUUUCUUCCCGAAAGGAAUGACAGAUUUCCAGAGCUUUAUGGAAGAAGUGUUGAGUUUGGUUUCAUCGGAAACUACGAGAACAUUGCUGAUCUGCCUAUAAAGAAUGUACGGAAUGCUAUUGACUACAUCCGUUACUCCACUUAUGUGUUGAAGCAAGUUGCCAACGACUACAAACUUAUUGAAAGUGAACCAAAGAUAUUUGCUUCGGCUGUAGCCCCACCUCCGAGCAAUGAACCUGAACCACCCCCAGCGACUUGAAGAGUUGCCCAUCCAAAACGUCCGAGUUGCCAUAGAAUUUCUUCGGCAUUCUUCGUUCGUCACUAAGACACUUGCGUACGAUUACAAUCUUUAUGAAAGUGAACCUAGACUAUCUAUUGUAACUGACUACUGAAAAGAGCUGAUUAUUUGUAUGGAGUA